AAAGAUAAAUCCAGCCGCAUCCGCUCGCAAAUCCGGCCAUUGUGCCGCUGAGGAGAAGAGGCGAUGGACCGUUUUCGCUUCUUGCUUUUGGUCGCCGUUCUUUGCUCGGCCCAAACCACAGAGCAAAGCCAGAAAAGCGGAUUUGCCGAGCUACAGCAAAUUAACAGCAAGUUUAAAAAUCUGGAGGCCAAAGUGGCGGAAUCGGACAAGGAAAUUUCAACGCAGCUUCAGUCAAUUCUCGCUUUGAUGGGCUUAGUUCGGGAAAAACAAGACAAGUUGGAGAAGAAGUUCGACGAUUCAUUUGAGGUAAAUUUCGAUUGCAAAUCGUUGCUGCAGCAAAUUUCAGUUUUGACCAAACAGGCCGACGCGUCGCAAAAGCAAUUUGAUCGGGUGGUCAAAAUCAAAGACGAAGAAAUUAGGUUGAAGGAGCAGCAGAUUUUGAAUUUGGAAAGAGUAAAAAUUGAUUUGCAGACUCAGUUGUCAACAAAAGAAGAGGAAAUCAAAACACAACAGAUCUCAAAUUUGGAAAGUGAGAAAAACCAAACGUCCUGCAGCGCUCUUGCCCAAGCAGAAAAUUUGAAGUUACUGUCAAACGGAAAGAAGUAUUAUUUCCAUCCCAGUUAUGCAAACUGGACUUUUGCAAACGAGACUUGCAGCAAAAAAGGCCUCCAUUUGGCCUCAAUUAAAGAUCAAAAUGACGCUCAGGUGGUCGCGGCUGAAGCUUACAAAAUUGAUCCUACCGAUGCUUGGUUUGUUUCGGCGAAAAUCCGAGCAAGUGAAAAGGACUUGCGUUGGCAGGACGGGACGAAAUUGGACUUGGACAGUCAUUUGUGGAAGGACGGCGCGGACAAAAGCAAGGACUGCGUUUGGAUCUUCAAUUGGCCCAAGGGAAAGUUGAGCAGCGCAACUUGCUCCCAUCGACAGCCUUUCAUUUGCCAACUGCCCAGCGAAUGUUACUAAAAAAAUAAUUUUGUUU